AUGCCGUCCGCGUACGCCCAUGAGCCAGACAUGCGCGCGCUGCUGGCCAUCACGCGCUGCGUUUCAGCCAUUCAGCACUCGGAGGUACAGUCGUGCGCGGCCCUCUUUUCGGACGCACAUGGCAGCCUCAAGCGUGAUUCAUGCACUUCUCACGCGAGAGUGCGUAGUGAAGUGGAGCUGACGGGCUAUGGAAGCGGCACACGCGAGCCGCCGCAGGGUAAGCAGCCAUCGUCGACGAUGCGCCGCAACGGAUGGCCCAACGCAGCGCGGCGGGCCCUUGCUUUCGAGGACUCUUCACCACCACCGCAACCAUCCUUCUCGAAGCACACAGCGCACCGAGAGUGCAGUGCAUUUUUCACUUCAAUGAGACUUGCCGAGGAAGACAUACAGGUGGAGGAGUACGUGCUGGGCAGGAACAGCGACCGGAAUGCGUCCGGCAUGAGGCACGGGGGGGCCCACGAUACGCAGUCCGCUGAGUCUCGUGCAUACUGGAGCUUCGACUCCUUACAGCAAGACAGGGACUUAAUCAACAGUGGCACUGAAGCCAGAGGUGCCCACUUUUCGUCGUUUGACGCCCCUGGCGCGUCACGCGCUGCUUCCCUUGUGCCCCCCAGCGGCGCGGCUGCACGAGCGGUUUUGCAGUUAUCGACGACUCUUUUUUCUCAUCCGCAGCGCCAGCCACGAUCACCGCCACCAUCGUGGCCACCGUCGGAGGCAGCUGUCGCUACACCAGGACUGGGUGCACACCCCCUCCUUCUGAACAUCAGCGCUGAUAUUUGUAGCAAGAACUCUCGCGCAGGCGACAGUCGCCACUUUACCUUGUCCUCCCUCAGCGCCUCAAAGGUGAAUGAUACAUCGCGUAUCACACGAACUGAUUAUGCAUCCUCCGUGGACGGACUGUGCAGUGCUGGCGGUUUCGACCUUCCGCAGACGAGCUCCACGCGACAUAGCUCACAUCAAGCUCUGCAGCGGCAGCCGGACUGCCGGGAUAAGGAUGCGAGCCCCCGGCUGACUCGGUGGAUGACCUCGGAGGAGGGCGAGGCAUCUCUUGCAUCGUCGAUACGAAAGUCGGUGCACAACGGUAGCGCCGCCCCAUCCGCAGCCGCCUCCCUCUCUCCGCCGUCGGUCACUGCGGCUGUGGCCCGCAACGGCAGAAGCGUGACGUCCAACGACGCGGAAGCCCUGAGGCCAUCCGCGCGGUCUGCCGGUGCAUAUUCGCUUCCUCAGAGCUCAAGCGCCUCUGUCGCAUCUCGUUAUUCCGACUUCUUUUCCUCUGUUGAGCGCGGCGGCCGUCGCAGUACCCGUCGCAGUACUAGCAUGCGCCGUGAAGGCCGCAUGUACGAAGCGGGGACGACCGCAACGGGCAGCGGUGAUACGAAGACUCCCUCACAUGCUGCUCCCGCAGUAGCUGUAACUGGAACAGCAGGCAGGUUUACCCUCGAUGCGAGGAGGCACCCAGCCGACAGACGAGCCGAUGGCAUUAACGCAAGUGUGCUGUGGGCAACUUCGGAUCGCCCGCAGCGCGCCACACGUGCCGUUUCGGAGAAGUCGCCGUCCACCGAACCCGCGCCCUCCCAACCAGCCGCGUCUUCUUUACUGGAUCUUGAACGGCGCACCCCGCGGGUGGAGUCGUCACCACUGCUAAGCACUUCUGUGCUCACUGUCACAGCGAGCGAGGCCUCAUCGGCGCCAUUUAAUAGUCGGUCGCUGCACUUUUCUCUACCCUCCGCUGCAGCGGCUGUUGUUGCCGAUGGGGCUCGUGUGAUGCGGGCUUCGUCCUCGCAGAAGCCGACACGCAAGAGCGAGAGCGCCAACGUGCGUUACCCGGAUGUGUCUCACACGUCGGCUUCAUCGUCUCGUGCGUCCGCGUCGACAUCUGCCUCUAGCGCCAUGGUGGCCAAGGCGGACGCGUGUCUCGCUGAAGCGCCGCCGAGGCCGCCCGAUGUACUCUCGAGGCCGGAGGCAGUGAACGCCGGUGCGGCACGUAGACUACAUCCACCACCGCCCCUGCCUUCGCCGCGGCUUGAGUCUUCCCCAGUCGCUGAUAUGUGGAGCGCGAGCGUUUUAGUGCGCCAGUCCUUAUCGCUACACGGCAGUCGCGGGGCAGAGCCGGUCUCAGAGAGAGUCGGGGAAACUCCGCUAGAGCCACCAGCGCGCACAGAGAGUCCAUCUUACUCCCUUCCAAGGCGCCGACGGUCUCCACUCGAAGGCGCCGCGAAUAUGCCUGAUGUGGCUGGUAGGGAUGCCCAAUCUUCCGUGUUCACUCUGGCGGGCACUCGUGAUAUCGCCGGGCCGGUGCAGUCGGUGGCGGAUGAGGGGCAGAGGAGGGCAGUGAGCGACCCAGCUGCCCGACUGGGGCGAGGAGAGGAAAUCCUCCAUGGCUUUCCGGAGCGACAGCACGCAGCCCCACAGCCGAAGGCUAUCGACGCGGCUGACGAGACGCCAACGGCGGUGAGUGGGAUGGAGGACGACGUGCCAAGAGAAGCGAACGCACGCACAGCCGGCGACACAUCGGGUCGUUUCUCAAGAGAGGUCAGCGAGGAGCGGCGAAAUCAGCGGCAGCAACAGAAACAGCAAAAGUGGCAUCACUAUCUGAUGCACGUGUCCCCCGUGAGGGCUUCUGCCGCAUCUCCGCUGAGUCGACGCAGCGUAGCGGCUGCGGCUACUCAUCACGGGGAAACAGGCGUGCUGCUGUCUACGUCACUGGGCGCCUCCUCAGCGACACUUCUUCCUCCUCCGCUCGCGCAACGUCGCCAUUACACUCCAUUUUGGGGUGGUGGCGGCGGCAGUAACACCUCUGUGCGCUCACGCACGUUCGAUGCCGGACGAGGUGUGCAGGAAGCAACUGACAGGACCAAUAGUGGCUGCGGUCGUUCUUCACCAGCGGUUUCAAAACUGGAAGCGGAGGAAUUGGGCCACGGAGAAGCGACGGUAGCCACUGCUGAGGCAUCGGGGCAUUUGCGGCUGACGUCCCCGGACGUGAGCCGUGCAGCUGUUGCCUCGAUGGGGAGAAGCGAAGAAGGGAGGGGCUCGUAUCGAAGCGACAGCGGCAGCGGUGUCCGAGCAAGUGACACGAGGUGUGAGGGCCUUGACGGCGAGAGCCGCACUAACGGCACAACGGCGCACUGGCCAAGGCAAUAUCACGGGCACAGCGAGUCCACAACCCGACACAGAGUCCCAGCUGGCCCCUCCACCUGCCACCCUCCGCUCGACUCACUUCACAGCGCCAGCGCGGAUUUCGACUGGGUCGCGAACGACCACGCAGUUCAGCAGCGACUGCAGCGCUACACUGGCGACGAGAGGCCACUUGCCGUGCCUUCAUCUAUCGACACGGCUGAGACCAAGUCAGCGUCUGCGCUGGCAGAGUUGGCGGUGCGUGAAGUCUCUGUCAGGCGGAGACGCGUGAUGGACUCGCAAACUCCCGCCGCGCCGCCGCCCACCUGCGGUGCCAUGGGAGCUGAGGACUUGGACCAGAGUGAGCCCACGGUAUCGGUGCGGCGCGCAGGCAGCUCCACGAGCCGCGUCGAGGUGUUGCUGUGCACGUCAUCCAAUUCGCAAGCGCAAUACCGAACCUCGCCACACUCAUCGCACACCCCGGUGCUUGGACCAUCGAUUACGAACAGAACCGGCACCCCGUGCAUGGACUCGUUCGGGUCGCUGGAGCACACCCCGCUGACACGAUCCGUGACCAGCUCAGCCGCGAUGGAGAACUCAACGACAGAGUGCGACGCCCCUGUCAUGUCAACCUUCUUUGCAGAUGACCACGUAGCUGACGCAAUCCCGGCGGCAGCGGCUGCGCGAAAAGUGACAAGGGGGCAAGGCAAAGGCGUAGCCGACGACGUGCCUGCCACACAAGGCCUUGUGCUGGGGGUGGAUGAGAAGGCCAAGGUGCAUCUCCGGCGUCAUUACGUUGAGAGCGACAGCGACCCCGUGCCGCGCUCGUCAGUGGAACGGUCGUCGUCACGUGGUUCGCAGAACUCCGAGCAACCGUCUCGUGCCACUCAACCAGCAGUGCGCACUUCUGGUGACGCUGGCGCGAAGGCUGACCGCAUCACAUCAUCGACCUCUUCAGGGACGAGGAAUGUGCUGGCCGCUUGCUCACAUCCUACCCCCCUGAUCGGUGGCCUCCACAGCAAUUCGGUGUUCAGAGCAUGGCCUACGCACACCUGCCACGCAGCGAGCGCAUCGGCAGGCCGAGGCGUUAGGGAGGCGUACAGAGGCCCAUCGACGGAUCUCGGCACUAGCGAGGAGGCGGGCAACAGCGAUGGUGAUGGGGUGGAAGAUAGCCUCGACGACGCACCGACGCCGUGGGAUCGAGAUGCACCCUAUCCUGACCCCGCUCUCUCCAUUUACGACGACGACGUGUACUCGAGCGCGUCCUCCGCGUCAACACCGCUGCUGCCUCCGCGCGGGCCGCUUCGGGAGCCACAACGGCAGGUGCACCGACAGCGAGAGACUCCCCUGCUGUCCUCCUCUUUGGCACACGUGAGCGAUACGGAGGACAAGGUGACGGCGCUGAAGUCGACGGCCAUCGCUCACGGAACAGAGUGUCGCCGAGCGGAAGCCGGAGAGGGCAGCUGCCGCCGCCGCGUGGCGCUGGAGUUGUCUUCCUCGAUAGCUUCGAUCAACGCGGCCCCGUCGGCGACGAUCUCGUCGAAGCUCCAACGUGGACACCACCCGGGCGAGAGACAAGAAGGAAAGCACGAGUCUGAUGAGGUGCUAAAGACUUACAGUCAGUACUUGCAACAGGGGCAGGAGGCCCAGGAUGAUGAUGUGCAGCCGCAGGCAUUGUAUAGAGCGCUUAGCAGCGAUUUCUUUGCUAGUAGGUCGUGCCCUCGCUGGGGCAGCGAAAGCACGCAGCCCUACGACGCGGAGGGGAGCCACAGCCGAGGCGACAUGGUGGAUGAGGUCGAGCAUGAGCCAAACACGAUAAGGAACGGCGGUGGUGGCGGUGGCGAAGACCGUGGAGACUUCGCCGCGUGGGCCCCGUUCUCGCUGCCGUCACGCGAAGCCUCCAUGCAGGCCGACGCCCUGAUUGGGUCCCCCGCGGCCGAGUCGCGUGAAGGUCGACCUUCUUCUGCCUCGUACUCAUCGACUAACGGGACGGCGGCGCCGACGACGGUGUCAACGGCAACAGCGGCCAAGAGACCAGAGUGUCAUGCAUCAGCUUCAUGGGGGCACUCGCACCUCUCCAUUCCAGCGGUGCUUUCGAGGCCGCCGAUUGAAUCUGGAGCAAAUCGGCCUUGGCGUCUCAAUGGACUGCACCGCAGCUCUGCCCUCCCCUUCCGUGCUGGCGACUCUGCCGUAGUGUCGCAGGAGGCUGGGAUCUACCCGCGACGACAGCGGGCGAUGGCAGCGGCGGAAGACAAUGCUGAGUGCGUGGCGGAAGCAGACAGCUUUGGCGCCGACGCGGAUGAAGAUGAGGAUGGCGGGUACUGCAGUUACGGAUGCGAAAGCGAUCUCAUCUACGUGUGA